AUGGACGUGGCCACAACAGCAGAGGUGGAGGGCUUCUACUUCGAGUGCCCCGCCUCAUCGGUGGAGGCUCAACAGCAGAUCGCCGAGUUCUUCCGGCACCACGCUCCUAAUGGCAGGCUGGAGCGGCCGGUCGUGUGCGUCACGUCGGGUGGAACCACCGCGGGCUACGCUGUUAUCUUCCUCACGCGCACUGGCUCAGUGCAGCCGUGGACCCUUGACCUGCCAAAGCAAGACACAGUGGCGCUGCUCCAGGAAAUCAUAGACCGCAGCGACAGCGGCGGCGACAUCGGCGGCGGCAGCGGCGCGCGGCUGGCGGCGACUCACGAGGAGAGCGUACUGGGCGUGCUGCGGCGCGUGGCUGCGGUGCAGGAGCGGCGGCUGCUGCUGACGAUCCAGUUCACCACCAUUUUUGAGUACCUGCAGUGUUUCCGAGCCGUCGCCCUGGCAGCGGCGCCCUACGGCGCCGCCUGCAUGUUCUACCUUGCUGCGGCGGUGUCUGACUUCUACAUACCCUGGGCGUCCCUGGCCGUACACAAGAUCCAGAGCGCCGACGGCCCCCUGGCCCUGAACCUCUCCAAGGUGCCCAAGAUGCUGGGCGUGCUGCGGCGCAGCUGGGCGCCGGGCGCGUUUGUCGUGAGCUUCAAGCUGGAGACCGACGAAAGCAUCCUGCUAGCAAAGGCGAGGGGGGGGGGCGGCCAGCGGCCGGGGGAGGGGGGGCGCGUGCGCGCGUCAGGAGCAGUGACACGAUACGGCGUGCACGCCGUUGUCGCCAACCUUCUUCACACACGCAAGGACCGCGUGAUGGUGGUGCACGGCGGCGGCAGCGGCGAUGGCGGUAGCAGCAGCAGCAGCGGCGGCGCCGACGGCGGCGGCAACGGAGACGCGGCGUCGCAGGCUCGGCCGGCGGGCGCGCCGGCGGGGUUGACAGUGGUGGACGUGCGGCGGCCGGCGGCGGAGCCUCACAUCGAGCGGCUGCUGGUGACGAAGGUGGUGCAGCUGCACAGCAGCUUCAGGGCGCAGCACGCGGAGCGCGUGUCGUGA